UUCUGACAGGUAGUAUAGAAUACUGUGUAAUGGAGCCCACCCACUGUGGAUAUUUUAUCUUUCUAUCGUUCUCCUCCACACACCAGUAUGCUCUGUUUCCCCCAUUUACAUUCUAUCUCUAUCUCUCCAUCGCCAUUGUUUCUACGGAAGUUCUUCCCUCUGGUUAUGAGUAUAUUGUUUUCUAAUCAGAUUUGAAGCCACGAAGCAGCUGUAGGACAUAUAAGAUCUGAUUUUAGGCCGGGAUGAGUUGAAGGUACUGACUGCGAUCUCUCUGUCCAUCAUUUAUCCAAGAUCUUAGCGGGACAUCAAUAUUUUCACCGCUGAGGAAAGCAAAUAAGGCUAAUAUGGAUAGUGAGAGGGACAGCAUCCCAGGCAGUUUUAUGGAACUACUAAACAUAGUUGAGCAGCCCAUGUCAAAUUUCAAUCAAGAAAACACUAUGAACUCAGUACCCGAAGAAAGUUCGUGCUUUUCUGAUAGACCAUAUUGUUCAGAAGACACUGAUGUACUUUCGAGACCUAACUUAAGGGUUGACACUUAUGAUUAUGUCGAUGAGUCAAAUGAAGUUCAGUCCAGUCUUGAAUGUAUGAAAGAAAAGUUUGCGAUUGCUGAUAUGAUUUCUGCCCCUGAAAAUCUUGACGAGCAGUACUUAUUUUCUGCAUACAAUGUUCAGAAUGAGGAGUCUGAUUCUAAUGAACGAUACCUUGAAGGAGGACAAGUUGGAGCUGUGGAACACGGGAUUAGAAGUUUUUGUGAAGACACAUCUGUUCAAAUGUUAAAGCCGAUUGUUGGUAUGAAGUUUUCAUCAAAGGCAGAAGCAUAUGACUUCUACAAUACAUAUUCUCGGGUGCUUGGUUUCAGUAUUCGGAAUGGUGAUAAUUAUAUUAAUUGCAAUGGCAUACAGACAAUGCAGGAAUUAAUUUGCCAACGAGCGGGAAUCACCAAGAAUACUAAAUAUGCAACUACUAGAUGUGGUUGCAAGGCAACACUCAGGGUACAUCUUAAUGAAAAUUCAGAAUGGUAUGUCAAAGUUUUUAGGGAGGAACACAAUCAUUCCCUUGUAGAAUCUUGUAGCGAGAAGAAGCACCUGCAUUCACAUCAACAUAUUGACAAGCCAAUAAGAGAUUUAAUAAACAAUCUUCGGGAGAAUAAUGUUUCACUAACGAGGGUUAAUUCUAUAGUAGCAGGUUUCUAUGGCUCAACAAAGAAAGUACCAUUCUGUAAGAGGAAGUUGCGAACUGUAUGUUCUCAGAUUGCUAGUGAAACACUUCAGGACGACAUUGCUAAGACACUGGAGAACUUCCGUGAUAUGAUAGCACUGGACGAUAGAUUUGCUUUUUGUGCACAGGUUGAUGAUGACAACAGGCUUAAGUCACUAAUGUGGACUACUGGAAGGAGUAGAUCAUUAUAUAAUCACUUUGGAGAUGCAAUAACUUUUGACACUACUUAUGGAACAAACAUCUACAAAAUGUCAUUUGGUAUGUUUGUAGGAGUUAGUAACCACUUUGAAAGUGUAAUUUUCGCUGGAGUGUUUUUGACUAAUGAGAAGGAAGAGAAUUUAUGUUGGGCUUUUAAGCAAUUUGUUGCUAUGAUGGGAGGAAAACACCGAGUUACUAUUCUUACAGAUUAGGCUAGAGCAAUUGGAAACGCAGUCAAGAAAGAGUUUCCUCAUGCAGAACAUAGAUGGUGCAAAUGGCACGUCCUGAAGAGGGCUCAUGAACUUCUUGGUGCUGUGUAUAGCAAGCACAAAACUUUUGCCGAUGAUUUCCAUAAGUUAGUGAACCACAGGCUGACUAUAGAAGAGUUUGAAGAUGCGUGGGAUUUUUUUACCGUCAAAUAUGGUUUGCAGGAACAUCCUUUCAUGACUAGAGCCUACGAGUGUAGGCACAAAUGGGCGAAACCAUAUUUUAGCAAAGUUUUCUGUGCCAAAAUGUGUAGCACUCAACGUAGUGAGUGUGCAAACUUUAUGCUGAAGAUACAUACUGUAUGCAAUUCUUCAAUAAAUGCAUUCAUUACACAGUACACUAAGCUUAUAGACGAUCGUGAGAGUUGUGAUGCAGAUGCUGAAAGGAAGAACAAACGGAAAAUAAUUAAGGUCCAUUUUGGAUAUCCAAUGGAGAAGCAUGCUUCAGUUAUCUAUACUGCGAAGGUUUAUAAUCUAUUCAAGAAGGAGCUCAUUAAGUCAACAUAAUACCUUGUGCUUCCUAGCUUGGAGGAACAUAAUUUUUUUGUCAAGCACGUCCAGGUCGAGUCUAGGGAAUCGUGGUCGAAAGUUAUAUACAAAAUCAAAGUAGACGAGUCUAUUGGAUAUUACACUUGUGAAUGUGGACUUUACGAACAUUUUGGUGUUCUUUGUAGCCACGUCCUAGCGAUUUUUGUGAACAGAGGUGUCUGCAAAAUCCCCGAUUGUCAUAUAAUGAAGCGGUGGACAAAGCAAGCCAGGUCAUCUACUUUCAACAAUAAGUUGGAAAAGUAUAUCUGCGACAUGAACAAGGAAUCUAGAUCAUUUAGGCACAAGCUAUUAUAUUUUGCUGCAAUAGAUAUAGUGAAUGAAGCUGAAACUGAUCCAGAUGCUUUUGCAAUGGCAAAGUCUAAUUUUACUCGCUGCAAGAAGGAAUUACAUGAGCACAAACUUUCAAAGACAACUACAUGCCAGGUCGGAUAUGGAUCAAUCCCUGAACAUGAAGUAAGUACACAGUCUGGUAUUCAACAGGAAGAUGACGAAGUUGGUGAUUCAUGUAUUCAAAUAGUUGAUACCGCAAGAAAUCUCUCUAUUCCGGUAUCUUCAAUUCUUGCACCUGCUAUAAUGAAGAAGAACAGUAGACCAUCAAAUAAAAGGUACAUGUCUAGCAUGGAAGCAAACAUCAAGAAGAAGAAGAAACGUGGGGAAAAAACCUGACCCGAAGAGCAAACAACCUGGUGGUGUGUUAGGGGUUGUCCAGUCAAGGUUUUGCAGCAAAUGUCGAUCGCCGACCCACACGAUAAAAAAUUGUCCUCAGCUAUAUUUACCUUAAUGUUAUUUGUUUGCUUUAUGUGGUUUCAAUGAAAUGACUAAUGAAGUGUGUAAUGAUUGGCAACUGCUGUGUAUUAAUCGGAAGUAGGAACUGUUCCAUGGUUUCCUUUAAUGGACAUCAACUCAUACAACAACAAAGGCUUGAAUGGCAUUAUUGUUUCCUGCGGAAGAAGGAACAUGUAAUGAAAUCUUAGUAAGAUGCAACAGAUUUUCAAGAAGGUAUAUGGAUAGAAGAUGUCACUAUUUUUGAUAAUUACCUGUGUGUGGGAUUCAAUAAUUGUGUCUCCAUGGAAAUCCCGAAUGGAUAUAAUCGUCACCAAACCAGAGUCGUCGUUGUCGAACAUUUCAGUAUUAGAAAAACCUAUACACAAAUAUUACUUGUGAAUGCAUUCUCAAAGUUUAAGCAAUAGUACCUGCUAGCACUGUGAAUUAUAGGCUUCAAGUAAUUGGUGUCCCAUGUGGUGAAAUCAACUUCCCAUCCAGAGUAAAGCUCUUUCACUACUUUUGUCAUUGCACAUAGAAUUUUCUUGACGUUUGAAUCAUGCAUCUUCUUUAGUUCAAUUUCAUUUGAUCGUACAUACGUUGGGUCAGCAACAUGUACACAUUUUAGCAUCAUGUCAAGGAAAUACGAGCACCAUGUAACAUUAACUAGAGCAGGAACUAUAAUCUGCACAGAGAUUAAUAACUUAGUUAAUACGCCGUAAUUUGAUUGCUCCUUACAUAUUAUUUCUGAAAAUAAGAAACUUCGAAACAUAUAUAUUUAUUUGAUGCCAACAAACUUACGGUUCUGCACUCUGAUAUAUCAUAGAAUACUGCAAUCUUCCUAAACUGAUCAAGAAUAGAUCUGCUGGACAUAACAUUUUCAUUUCCUAGAACCAUCAUCUACAUUCAUUAUAUCAAAUUGCAUUAUUUUCCAUUCAUAUUAAAAAACACACAAUAAUUACUAAUAAUCUAAUGUUAAUAUUUAUAUCUUGUUUAAUUUUAGGAAACUUACAGCGAAGUCGGACUCCAUUAUAUGCCUACACCUUUGCUUCUUUGAUGUGCCAUAAAUCAACAUUUCUAGUUGAACCAAUCUUCUGAUACAUAAAUCAAAUACUUCAUAGCUAAAUGGUUUGAAUAGUACGAGUGUAUCCUUCAAUUCAUUCCCUGUGACCUCUAUGUACCUUGGUUCAUAGUUUAUUAUCCAGCACCUGUUAUAGUUAAUGUAUGAGCUGUAUUAAUAAAUGUAUAUAUUUUGUAUAUGUCAUUCUUUAAAUGCACUAUACUUACACUUCAUUUUCCUCUUGCUUGCUGUGUAGUACCCAAUUUGAGAAUGUAGCUAGCAUGGCUGAUGAUUUUUGAAGCAUUGUAGUACCGACAAGCACAUGAUUACUUGCCAAUUGACCGUUGCUUACUUUAAUUUUCUCAAUCGGUGAGUCCUUGAACUCUGCUUCAAGUGCUCUUGCAUUUAAGUUAAGGAUAUCUUCUCGCUGAAACAAACGGAAUGCAACAGCUGUUUCUGACAUCCUACUAGCAACUGUUGCUGGUGAAAGUUCAUUCCUUGGUGUUUGUACAUUCUCAAAAUCUCGAUAUGUAUUAGAACAUGGUGUUUGUAGUGCAUUAGUUGGUGUUCUUGUUGCAUCCAUAUCUCCUGAAACUAAAAUAUUUGCAAAUUAAUUAGUAUCAACCAGAUAACUAUGGUUGUUGGACUUAUUUCAGUAUAGAAAACACAUGACAUAUAACGUAAUCAUUGCAGAAUAAAAUACUAUGAGUUCAUAUAUCUUACCAGCAAUUUGAAACAUUUUGCUUUUGGAUGAGUCGAUUUUUUUGGAAGUGCCUGAAUCAUUAAUAGAAAAAACUUAUCAGUAAAUAGUAUGCGUAGCAAAAGUUAAAUUUUGUUGCAAACUACUUACAAUCACUAUUUGAAUCAGCUCCGCUAUAUUCACUUCCAGAACGCUUUAAACUGUUUAUGCACUUUGGUGGACCUUCUGAUCGAACUUCUACUACCGGGACAUGCUCAUGAAGCCUCUUUGCUAAUUCAAGGUUAUCAUUUAAAAUGAUUUCCAAAAGAUUGUCUAUUUUGGCAGAUAAAUUAUCCGUUGCUGAUGUUGACAAUGCUUGGUUAUUACAAAUUGGCUGUGCAAUUGAUUUGAACUCAUUCAUAUGUCUUAUGAUCCUAGCACUGUGCCAUCUAAGAUCAAUUAUUUGAGGAAUGGAUAGCUGAUCAAAUAAAAAGUGUUAGCAUUGAAAGUUCAUUCUUCUAAAAUUUAUGUACUAUCCAAAUGUUAGAAGUAUGUACCUUCUUUGGUGUUGUUCCUUGUACAUAAGAAUCCAGGAAAAUAUUGAGUGGGCGCUUUGCAUGACUAGUAGUUUGUAUUGCUGCAGGCUUGCUUGUGCCUUGGUAAGGUAUAAAUGGAGGUUUAUUCAUUGUAACAGUUGCAAAAUUGUAUUUAGUAGCAGCUUCGUUACGAACAUUUUGUUUCCUGUUCCUGAAUGACUUUACCUGAUAAACAUAGAAAACAAAUUUGAUUAGUUACACAAAAUCUAAUAAAUUUAUAUUAUAGCAUACUAAAUAUAAUUGCACCUCAUUAGAUCCAAAAUAAUCAUUAUCAGACUUCUGCCUCACAAGUUCUAUCAUCUUUGACAUCUUUUCACAAUCAAACGCAGAUAUAGUAGGCACUACAUAAUCAGGUAUGUUCAGAAAGCCAAGAUUGAGGCUGUCUAAAACGAAAGCCUGUUGUAUUUUUAUGAAAGCAAAACAAUUAGUUUCAUUGAAUUGUCAAAUGAUAAACUAGAAGAAAGAAAAAAAUGAAUAUGCAUCGUACUUAUUUGAAUUAAAUUACUCACCUGCAAGAGUAGCGGACAGCAAGAAACAUAUUUGAUAGAUUUUUUGGUUUUCAAUUCAUACUGAGCUUUUCUUGCUGCAUUCAUAAUUUCAUCAAUUGCUGCUGAGCAGAAGUUGUAUGAUGGUAUUUCAUUUGGUGUGAGUAGUGAACCCCAGAAAUCUUUGGCACCAUGAUUUGCACUGCUACAAGCUAUUAAGAAAUAACCCAGUAUGAAGCAAACAAAAGAAGUCUUGAAUUGGUCAACCUGUGUUGCAUCCAUACCAUUUGGGUACUCCCUGCUUAUUAUUGUUUCAGCCACCUUCAAGUUGUUCAUCUCUUCAGGAUCGUAUGUAACAGAUCCCAUUACAAGUCACAAGAAUUUUAUUUUCUCGUCUACUGAUUGGCAGUCCAAUCCUCUCAAUAUCUUAGAACCUUUAGGUAUUCUUAGAAUUCUGUGUACAUCAUCAUCAGUUAUUCACAGCGGAACUUUUUCAUUCAGUCUUAUUAUUCUAGUAUCAGGAUCAGUGUUGCAGAGUAGCAGUACUCUGAACUUUCUAUCUAACUGUUUAUUUGUGGAAGGUCCAACAGUCCUCCAAAAUCCAUAUCUUUCACAAGCUUCCUUUUAUAAUUGUCAAACUUGCUUAUCACUGUUGCAACCUUUUUGCAAGAACUUCUAGGAGUUGCUGCAUCACAUUCAGAAGCAUCUGAAUUUUUAGAAUCAUUGGACGUCCUCUCUGAACUAUGAUCAUGUCCUGACAUGUUGUAGCAAAUCCUAGGAAAGUACAGUAGGUAACAAAUUAGAUUUCUUUCACUUUAAAUGAACUCUGUUUCAAUCAUUUCUUUAAAUAUGUAUAAUGAAAAAUUAUAUGGAUAAAGUUGCUAAUAACAAAAGUUGAUAUACAAUGGUCAAGUAAAAUAUUCCAUUCUUUCUGUGUUAAAUCUAAUUCCAAUAUGCAGGAAAUUAGAUGAGUUAGCUUAGUUGUGGAAUGUAAGAACACAACCUAUUUUCUGGUUAUUUACUAUAUAUAUAUAUAUAUAUAUAUAUAUAUAUAUAUACAUAUCAGUAAAUAUGUUAUAGGAUAUAUCUUGAGGAUAUACAUGUUUAUUAAUGUCUUCUAUUUUUCACUCGAUGAAAAUUUACAUUUGUUUUUUAGCGAGCACGUCAAUAAUAUUACACUUACAACUGUAAUUAAUGAAACAAUAUUGGAGUUAACCUUUGUAGUAGCAAGUGAAAUGAUAUAUCACUAAAUAUUCACAUUUCAAUGCAGAACUAAAAUUCUGUACAUAUCACUAAAUAUGUUAUACAAUACUUAUUCAUGAUAUACAUUUCUAUUAUUGUAAUGUGUUUUCCAGUGAAUAAAAAGUGAAAGGUGAUAUACAUGUUUACCAUAUUCCAGCAAACCAUUGUAACAGGAAUUGAAAUACUAUAUCAUUAACUUAACAUAUUUCAGUGUAGAAAAAAAAAUUAAGCUAUCUUGCAGGCUUCCGAUUUGAUGGUCCAAAUAAACAUAGAGGUAUGUAGCAGAUUGGAAGAAAAUGGUAAGUUCUGCUCGAAUGGAGCAGAAAUAUGUUUGUUCAACAGAAAGAAAAUUUAAGAGAUUGAACUAACUGAAACAGAAUCCUUACUAACCUCUUUUUGUUAAAGAAUCUUGUGUUUCUUCAGAUCAGUACAACUCUAGUUGCCAUCAUAAGUGCCGAGAUAUUUGGAUUGAGAUUGGAAGAGAAGUAUCACUCUUUAGCUGAUGCAGUCAAGAGGUAGAAGAAGAACAUCAAUGGCGAUUGAGUGAGAGCUCUGGGUUACAGAGUGCUUGUAUGGCUGUGAGGUUGAGGUAUGGGCAGAGAUAGUGGGAGAGAUGGGUUGCCUAGUACCACGCGUGCUGUGACAGAAGUCGUUGCCUCGGUCUAUGAAAUAGAUUGGACAUGGAUAUGACAACACACUACACUGCCUUAAUGGUUAGUACUAUUUGGUAGCAGACAUGUAAAUUUUACACAUUGGCCACCUAGUUAGCAUUCAUAUGUAAAUUCCUUUUGGCAGUAUUAUAUCACAUUAAAAAUUACAUGUCACUGAAACAAGAGACCCAACAGUGAAACUUCUUAUUAUAUGGAGGUGUUAUAUGUGAAAAAACAAGUAGGAGUGUUAUAAAAACAGUUGUCCCGGAUAUUUCCAUUGUCUGGUUUCAAAUUUUGGAGGUACAUUUUGGUGGGAAACUUACCUCUAGAAGUAGUAGUAUAAAAGCCAGGCUGGGACUUGUCCAUGCCCCCUCCCGAUGAAAAUCUUACUCCACAAUGAGCCAGGAAGAGAACAAUGUUGUGGCUCUCUCAGCCUUCACCAAUGGCAGCAUUGAUGCGAAUCCGAUGGAAGAAAAUCUUAGUUUCUCCAAGAAAAUAUCGGAUGGGAGCUCAUGUGAAGAUGAUGCUGACUCUAGCAGACGUUCAGUACAUACAAAAAUCUUGAAGGACAGCCAUGUGGAACAAAUAGAACAUCCUUUGUUAGUAGUUGAAGAAGACCAUUUGCUGGAGCAUGUUGGAGAAAACAUUGUUGUUGAGCAUAUACAUUUUGAAGCAGAGCUAGAUGAAGGCGACGCUGCGUCUGAUGUUGAAGUUGAAAGAGUACAUCGUGUACAUGAGGAGCCAAUUACAUACUUCCAGCUGCGUAGGAUUCGUGCGGAUGGAAGAUCGAUGAAGAGGAGAAGAAUCGAUGAGUAACUUUGAAACAUGGAACUUGCAGAUGGUAGAAGUGUUUCAUAUUUCAUUUUGUGUGUCAACAUAGUUGGCAUUUUCUUUUGGGUUCAAAUUACAAGAUAUUCUCUAUCCUGUAUUAAGUAGAUUUAAAAAGUUGUGGCCAAUA